GCCGGGCUGGGAGCCGCGAGGAGAGCGGGCAGCGCCGCCGGAGCCCGCCGGCCGGGCCAUGGCCAAGGCGGGCCGUGCAGGUGGCCCUCCUCCGGGCGGUGGUGCCCCCUGGCACCUUCGAAAUGUCCUCAGCGACUCAGUGGAGAGCUCCGAUGAUGAAUUCUUUGAUGCCAGAGAAGAGGUGGCUGAAGGGAAGAACGCCAUCCUCAUUGGGAUGAGCCAGUGGAAUUCAAAUGACCUGGUGGAGCAGAUGGAGACCAUGGGGAAACUGGAGGAGCAUCAAGGAGAAGGGAACGUGCCGUGCACAUCCAGCAUCCUCCAGGAGAAGCAACGAGAACUGUACCGGGUUUCCUUGAGGAGACGGAGGUUCCCAGCCCAGGGAAGCAUCGAGAUCCACGAAGACAAUGAGGAAGGCUGCCUGCAGCGCUCCUGCAAGACGCACGUCCUCCUGCUGGUGCUGCACGGGGGGAACAUCCUGGACACGGGCUCGGGGGACCCGUCCUGCAAGGUGGCCGACAUCCACACCUUCAGCUCCGUGCUGGAGAAGGUCACGCGCGCCCACUUCCCCGCAGCCCUGGGCCACAUCCUCAUCAAGUUCGUCCCCUGUCCCGCCAUCUGCUCUGAGGCUUUCUCACUCGUCUCCAACCUGAAUCCCUACAGCCACGAUGAGGGCUGUCUCAGCAACAGCCAGGACCACAUCCCUCUGGCCGCCCUGCCCCUGUUGGCCAUCUCCUCCCCGCAGUACCAGGAUGCAGUUGCCACCGUCAUCGAGCGAGCCAACCAGGUGUACAUGGAGUUCCUCAAAUCCCCCGAUGGGAUUGGCUUCAGUGGGCAGGUGUGUCUCAUCGGGGACUGUGUGGGGGGCCUCCUGGCCUUCGAUGCCAUCUGCUACAGCGCGGGGCCCUCCGGUGACAGCCCUGGCAGCAGCAGCCGGAAGGGGAGCGUCAGCAGCACCCAGGACACCCCGGUUGUGGUGGAGGAGGAAUGCAGCCUGGCCGGCAGCAAGCGACUCAGCAAGAGCAGCAUCGAUGUCUCCAGCGCGUUGGAGGAUGAAGAACCCAAGAGGCCAUUGCCCCGGAAACAGAGCGACUCCUCCACCUAUGACUGCGAGGCCAUCACCCAGCAUCACGCCUUCCUAUCAAGCAUCCACUCGAGCGUGCUGAAGGAUGAGGCUGAGCCCCCCGCGGCCGGGGGGCCCCAGCUCCCCGAGGUCAGCCUGGGCCGCUUGGAUUUUGAGGUGUCCGACUUCUUCCUCUUUGGCUCGCCCCUGGGCCUGGUCCUGGCCAUGCGGAGGACGGUGCUGCCCGGACUGGAUGGUUUCCAGGUACGUCCUGCCUGCAGUCAGGUCUACAGCUUUUUCCACUGCGCAGACCCCUCUGCCUCCCGGCUUGAACCACUGCUGGAGCCCAAGUUCCACCUGGUGUCGCCCGUCAGCGUGCCCCGCUACCAGAGGUUCCCGCUGGGUGACGGACAUUCCCUCCUCCUUGCUGACGCCCUGCACACCCACAGCUCCCUCUUCCUGGAGGGCAGCUCCCCGGGCAGCCCGCCGCUUCUGGAGGCCCCUGCCUCACCCCCUCAGGCCCCGAGGUCCCAGCGCCCGGGGCGGAGGAUAAGCCAGGGCAGCUCCCACAGUGAGAGCUCGGAGUCCUCGGACAGCCUGGCCCCCGUGGGCACCUCCCGCAUCACAGCCAAGUGGUGGGGCAGCAAGCGCAUCGACUACGCCCUGUACUGCCCCGACGUCCUCACCGCCUUCCCCACUGUGGCCCUACCCCACCUCUUCCACGCCAGCUACUGGGAGUCCACGGACGUGGUGGCCUUCAUCCUGAGACAGGUGAUGCGCUAUGAGAGCGUGAACGUCAAGGAGAGCACUGGCUUGGACCCCGCAGCACUGAGCCCCGCCAACCCCCGCGAGAAGUGGCUUCGUAAGAGGACCCAGGUCAAGCUGCGGAAUGUCACCGCCAACCACCGGGCCAACGACGUGAUUGCUGCCGAAGACGGCCCCCAGGUCCUGGUGGGACGGUUCAUGUACGGGCCCCUCGACAUGGUGGCCCUGACCGGGGAGAAGGUGGACAUCCUGGUGAUGGCAGAGCCUUCCUCCGGCCGCUGGGUGCACUUGGACACGGAGAUCACCAACAGCAGCGGCCGAAUCACGUACAGCGUGCCGCGGCCCCGGCGCCUGGGGGUCGGAGUCUACCCUGUGAAGAUGGUCGUCAGGGGCGACCAGACAUGCGCGAUGAGCUACCUCACGGUGCUACCCCGGGGCAUGGAGUGCGUGGUCUUCAGCAUCGACGGCUCCUUUGCGGCCAGCGUGUCCAUCAUGGGAAGCGACCCCAAGGUCCGGCCGGGGGCAGUGGAUGUUGUCCGGCACUGGCAGGACCUGGGCUACAUGAUCCUCUACAUCACGGGGCGGCCGGACAUGCAGAAGCAGCGGGUCGUGUCGUGGCUGUCCCAGCACAACUUCCCGCAGGGCAUGAUCUUCUUCUCGGACGGGCUGGUGCACGACCCGCUGCGGCAGAAGGCCAUCUUCCUGCGCAACCUCAUGCAGGAGUGCUUCAUCAAAAUCAGUGCGGCCUAUGGCUCCACGAAGGACAUCUCCGUCUACAGCGUGCUAGGCCUACCACCCUCCCAGAUCUUCAUUGUGGGCCGGCCCACCAAGAAGUAUCAAACCCAGUGCCAGUUCCUGAGCGAGGGCUACGCCGCGCACUUGGCCGCGCUGGAGGCCGGCCACCGCUCGCGCCCCAAGAAGAACAGCUCGCGUAUGAUCCUGCGCAAGGGCAGCUUCGGCCUCCACGCGCAGCCCGAGUUCCUGCGGAAGCGCAACCACCUGCGCCGGACCAUGUCGGUGCAGCAGCCCGACCCGCCCGCCAACCCCAAGCCCGAACGGGCCCAGAGCCAGCCCGAGUCGGACAAGGAACACGAGCGGCCCCUGCCCGUGCUCAGCUGGGCGCGCGGGCCCCCCAAGUUCGAGUCGGUGCCCUGA